AUGACUUAUAAUGAUUCUAUGUUCUUACCGCCGUGGAAUGCAUGGUCAAAUGAUUUCAUUAACACUGAAAAUUGGGAGGAAUAUAACGAUCAACCUGUUUUUAAACACCCCGCUGGCCAUGAAUGCCUACCAAAAGAAAUUGCCCAUAGUGUCAAACUAUGGAAAAGACCUGGCGAAAUAUUUAGCCUUGAUGGACUUGUUGUCCAGUCUAAAGGAAAUGCAAACGAUAUAAAUAAUUUAUUGACCACUAAUGAACCACUAAUGAAUGUUAAAGUUUAUCGGUGGAUUCUGUAUCACAUUGUAUUGUAUACAAAUCGAUUUAAAAAUAAAUGGCCACAACCAUGGCAUCCAUCUAGUGCGAUUUUUUCACGUUGCAAAGCUGAAGUAGCAUGGAAUAAAAAAUCAAAACCAGAGUACAAUCCAUUUGGAAAAUAUUGGCUUAAAUUAUUUUACAUGGGAAAGUUUCGUAUGAUAUGCGUUAGCGAUCAUUUACCAAUAAGUGGCGAUGGCCGAAUUUUAUUGCCUUUAUGCAAAGACAGCAAAGUUCUUUGGUUACCAUUACUUGUCAAAGGACUGUUACGUAUUUACUCUCUGGCUGACGAUUUUGAUCAAUUCAAUACAAUAACAUGUCUAACUGGAUGGUCUUGUAUUCAAACAAAUUGCCAACAUAUUUCAACAGAAAAUUUAUGGUCAUCGAUUUUAUCUCACUCGUCAAAUCCGGAUAUUGGACAUUUAGAUCCAAACAGCAAAUCAAAAAAUCAAAAAAACUCUAAACAUAAGGAUUGUUUUCACUUAACCUCUACAACGGGCACACAAUGCCAUCACGACGAAUUUAUGACAAUUUAUGGAUCAAAUCCUCCGAAUUCAAUAGUUGUUGGUUUUAUAUUGUCACCAACUAUCUAUAAAGAGAAUGACUCUAAUCCAUUGAGCCGAUACCCACAACCAAUGUUUUUGAAUAACGCCAAAAUGAUAAGGAAUAAAUCAUUACCGACUUGGAAAAAAUAUCGAUGGGCAAAAUGGGCAACUGACAAUAAUUUAAUCAGAAAACAUGAACUGAAUGAUUUUAUGAAAUUGGUAAAUAUAUGUGCACCAUGCGCCACAAUACUGAAUCAAUCGUCUCCACUGAUGAAAAUCCUAAAUAAAUAUAAGUCAAUUGAAAAUGACAGUCAAUACGAGCUUGAUUUUCAAUAUCUAAAACCUUUUACUGCAUAUGUGCAAUUUUACAUAAAAAAACACCAAUCGUUUCGAUUUAUUAAGUCAGUCAUCUUUCAAAACGAAGAUGGUUCAGUGAGCGAUAUUUAUCCGUCCUCGAACAAUAAUUGCUGUGCCUAUUUACAUUUUGAAUCUCCUUAUUGCCAGGCUAUGCUGUUCACAUUAUCGGUUUGCAAAAACUAUACUAUUCAUAACGGUAAUAUUGAACUAGACGCGCCUUCAAAUCGCUAUGUAAUUGAUUACCCAUACAUUAACGUGGAACAAUUCCUCUGGUACGAGACGAAACUUCCGACACCGCUGUCUGCCAUUCGCACAAGAGGAGUGUCAAACGUCGUGAUAAAUUUUAAACCUGGAGUGAACGUGUUGAAAAUAUGGGGUGAACUGCCGGCCAAGUAUUCGUUGACAAUCGAAUCGACGGUAGACUUCUCGCUCUUACAUACGGUGGAAACCGUUUAUGAAAAACUCACUGAUCAACCCAAAUCGCUGACGUCCAUACUCGUGUCUCUAAAGCAAACGUUUUCACAACUAURUUCGACGCAGCCAAAUACAGGUGACCGUGGACAAAGCUUACUAAGGUUUUACUCAUCGUUUCUGCCACAUUCCGUCAACAACGAAACCGAAUUGAAGAAGAUUGAAAGAUUAUCGAUUAUUUCAAAACAAGUUCAAAAAGCCAUGGUAAACAUUUUAGAGAUUAAAUCCCUUAAUGAUAUCUACGCUACGACAGAAUUAUAUACGGAAUUACAAGAAUUAUUACAAAACAAAUCUUUGGGACUGAAACAGAUUUCCGCAUUAUGCUUAAAACAAAAAACAAUACAUAAACAAAAAACUGUAAAUCCAAGUCAUAAUAAAAAAAUAAAAAAUGAUAAGUCCAUAGUGAUAAAAAAAUCUCUAGUCAAAUCUAAAAUAGCCCAUGGUAAAAAUACUCCCUCGUCAGUUGCGUCCAAAAUGCCUACCCCUAAACCAUCGACAUCAAAAAUUAUUUAUUCAAAUAUGUUUGAAGUAUUUUGCAAUGUAUUGCAUUCUGGCGAGAUUGACUUGGAUGAAUAUCAUUUUAAAAAUGAUUUAUUUAAUUAUAUGAUUAGUGUUAAUUUUGAUGAGCAUACUACAAAACCUAUCGAUACGUUGUUAUUGUUUCGUCUAGACCUCAAUACACAUUCUAAAUCAGAAUUGGUGCCAACAAUUUUAAAAUUUGCAUACAAAAAUAACAACAAUUUCAAUACUAAUUUAAUGUUGAUCGACAAUGAUAAUGAAAUUGAAGUCAUGCCAACGAACGUUGACAUGAAUAUGUAUAUGGUUCAUAGUACCACUAAAGGAUACUCGCUAAUAGGGUGGACUUCAGAAAAAAACUUAGAUUUCAAAAAUGUUAGUUAUAAACUUGAGUUAUUUGGACGACCAUACGAGGUAUUACACUCGUGCGGAACACAUAACGAUUAUAGCUUACAGAAAUACAGCACAACGGUAUGUGAUCAUUUUUACACACCCGAAUUUGUUAUUAAGCAUGUGAAAAAUAGGUUUUAUAAACCUAAUGCUGAGAACUUAUUGGCUCGGGCGAUUCUAAACAUUGAAAAAGCAGCUUUAUACACAAUAUACUGUCAUCUAGAACACUUUGAAGAUGUAAUGAUGGAAAUUCGAGUAGUAGACAUAAAUCUUACUGGUGGUAGUCCUACAGUAUUUGCAUCAUAUUGUACACGCGGAAAAACAGCAUUGAUUCCAGCUAUAUUUUUAGAUCCGAAUCCUAACAAUAAUUCACGAAUUCCGAGUUCUAAUAAUUAUUCACAAUCGAAAGAAAUGGAAGCUGGAAUCUCGACAAGCACAGUAUUUGUAAUCGAGGUUGUUUUAAUCAAGAAUAUUGACAUCGACUACUUUAAUAUACGAAAUGAUACAAAUCAAUAUGAUUGGACAAUUUCGUGCACUUACGAUAAGAAACUCACAGGUGUUACACUUGAAACUAGUGUUAUAGAUUAUGAUUUCCAUUUUACCAGUUCAAUACCACAUCAAAUUCAACCUACUAUUUUACAGAAAUUGCCAGCCAAAUCUAAUUCAAAUUUUACAGAUCAAAUAGAUAGUUUAACGCCAAAUUUGAAUUACCACACAAUGCUUAAAUUCAUGGCAGCCAAUAAAGACAUAAUCAAAAACCAAUUCGUGGAUAAUAAUUCGAAUGAAACAUUAACAGAGAAAACAAUUUCACUAAUAAAUAAAAUAAAAAAAAUUACUACUCUGCAAGAUACUAUCAUAAAUACUUUAAAUUCAACCAUGGAUAGUAAAACUGAAAGCCGUCAUAAUUUGAUGGAUGGAUUAAACAAACAAGUCAUGAGUUUCCUUCAACUUCAACGUAAAUCGAAUAUGAACGUAAAACAAUCACGGAUGAUGAAAAAGAAGUCACGUGCUGUAUAG